AUGGAGCUGAAAGAAGGUGGCGAGGUGUCUACGGAGGUUGGCUGGGCGGAGGUGCCGGAGGGGAUGCGCGCGUUCGUGGCGAGCAACGGGCUGCCGGCCGAUGCCUACCAGCUGCGGGGGCUCUACCGCUUCGUGCGGCUCAACCCACGCCUCUGGUCCGCCAGAACAACCAGCCCCCUCGAGACUGCGGCAGUGCUCCAACGCGAGCUGGGCGGCGAGGGUGCGCUCGAGGCAGAGGCCGUCGAGUGGCUGCCCGGGUUCUACCGCCUGCCGCACUCGGCCUCAAUCUCCGACUCUGACCUGUACAAGACGGGCAAGAUAUAUGGCAUCGAUGCCAGCUCGGGUGCCGCCGUGGUGGCGCUUGAUCCGCAGCCGGGCGAUAACGUGCUCGACCUCUGCUGCGCUCCCGGCGCCAAGCUAUGCAUGAUCGCCGACAUGCUGGCGGGCCAGGGCACGGUCACGGGCGUGGACAUCGCCGAGGCGCGGCUCGGCGCCUGCCGCAACGUGCUCGCCAAGUACGAGAUCCCCAACGCGCGCCUCGUCCUCCACGACGGCACCACCGUCAACGUGCUCGCACCGCCCCGGAAGACCAUGGCUCUGGGCGCUGCGCCCACGGACAAGACGACAGACAACAACGAAGAAGAAGAAGAAGAGGAGGAGGAAGAAGCAGAAGAAGAAACGAAAGAGGGGCAAGAGGAAGAGGGCGAGGCCAAGGACGAUGAUGGAAGAGGAAAAACGUCGACGGGACGUAUUUGCCGUCAUGUCUCCAAGAAGAGGGACCGCGCCGAGCUGGCAGCGGCCCGGUGGCGAAAGAAGACGAAGCGGAAGCGAGUGCUCCCCGAUGAGCUGCCCCACGUGUUCUACGCCUACCCGUACGAUCUGUGCCUGACCUCGGCCAGCGCCCAGCUUUACGAUCGGGUCAUGAUCGAUGCCCAGUGCACGCUAGACGCCUCCGUACGACACAUUCUUCACUAUGGCAAGUUGGGCUGGAAGGACUUCACGCCUCGCAUCACCGAAGAAACCGUGGAUCUUCAGAAACGACUCUUGGCCAACGGCUUCCGCCUGCUGGCUCCUGGUGGGUAUCUGGUCUACAGCACCUGCAGCUUCUGUCGAGAGCAGAAUGAAGACGUCGUGUCGUGGCUGCUCGAGCGUGAGCCCACCGCACGAGUGGUGCCGAUCCCGGGCGCGGACCGGAUGCCGUGCUCAAAGGGGCUGCUGCCCCACACGCUGCGCUUCUAUCCGCGGGACACCCAGACGAGCGGGCUCUUCAUCGCCAAGCUCACCAAGCUGGCCGAACCGCACGCCACCUCCACCUCAACUUCCUCCACCGCCGCCGCAGCCGCCGCGACCGACCAGGUCGAAGAUGCAACCCGACGAGCAAUACCAUAG